CCUCCACCUCCACCACCUCCACCUCCUCCUCCUCGUCUGACUUACAUCUGGUCCUUUGCACAGUAGAGACACCAGCGUCAGAAAUAUGUGCUGGAGAGGGGAGAGAAAGCCUUUAUUUGCAGCUUCAUGGAGACCUGGUCAGAAGACUGGAACCUACUGAACGACCUCUUCAGAUUGUUUACGAUUACUUAUCUAAGCUGGGGUUUGAAGAUCCCAUGCGCAUACAGGAGGAAGCUACAAAUCCUGACCUGGGCUGUAUGAUUCGAUUUUAUGGAGAGAAACCAUGCCAGAUGGAUCAUCUGGAUCGAAUCCUACUGUCUGGCAUCUAUAACGUACGCAAGGGAAAGACCCAGCUGCAUAAGUGGGCUGAACGCCUCGUUGUUCUCUGUGGUACCUGCCUUAUUGUCUCCUCAGUGAAGGAUUGUCAGACUGGAAAAAUGCACAUUUUGCCUCUGGUUGGAGGAAAGAUAGAAGAAGUGAAGCGACGACAGUAUUCUCUUGCAUUCAGCUCAGCUGGAGCCCAAGCUCAGACCUAUCAUGUCAGCUUUGAGACUUUGGCUGAGUACCAGAGGUGGCAACGGCAAGCAUCCAAGGUGGUGUCCCAGCGAAUCAGUACUGUGGAUCUCUCAUGUUACAGCCUGGAGGAGGUCCCUGAGCAUCUCUUCUACAGUCAAGAUAUCACCUACCUCAACUUGCGACACAACUUCAUGCAGUUAGAAAGACCAGGGGGCCUCGACACACUCUACAAAUUUUCUCAACUGAAGGGCCUGAACUUGUCCCAUAAUAAACUUGGGUUAUUUCCUGUCUUGCUGUGUGAGAUCUCCACCCUGACAGAGCUCAACCUUUCCUGUAAUGGAUUUCAUGACCUGCCGAGUCAGAUUGGCAAUCUGCUCAAUCUUCAAACCCUCUGCCUUGAUGGCAACUUUCUGACUACUUUACCUGAAGAAUUGGGAAACCUGCAACAGCUCUCCUCCCUGGGAAUUUCCUUCAACAACUUUAGUCAGAUUCCCGAGGUUUAUGAGAAACUCACUGUAUUAGAUAAAGUGGUUAUGGCAGGAAACCGCCUGGAAGUCCUAAACCUGGGGGUGCUCAACCGGAUGAGCCACAUCAAGCAUGUGGAUUUCAGGAUGAACCAAUUGAAAACCAUGGUUAUCGACAAUCUGGAGGGAAAUAAACACAUCACUCACAUGGAUUUGCGGGACAAUCAGCUGGCGGACUUGGAUCUUAGCUCCUUGUGUGGUCUAGAACAGCUUCACUGUGAGCGGAACCAGCUGAGGGAGCUGGCUCUCAGUGGCUUCUCCCUGAGAGCACUCCAUGCCAGUUCCAACAGGCUGACAGCAGUGAAUGUGUAUCCAGUGCCCAGUCUCCUCACUUCCCUAGAACUUUCCCGAAACCUGCUGGAGUGUAUCCCUGACUGGGCUUGUGAAGCAAAGAAGAUAGAAAUAUUAGAUGUGAGCUAUAAUCUUCUCACAGAGGUUCCUGUGAGAAUUCUGAGUAGUCUGAGUCUUAGAAAACUGACGAUGGGACACAAUCGUGUGCAGAGCCUUCCACCGCUGGUGGAGCACAUCCCCCUGGAGGUGCUGGAUGUCCAGCAUAAUGCGCUCACCAGGCUACCAGACACCCUCUUCUCCAAGGCCUUAAAUCUCAGGUACUUGAAUGCAUCUGCAAACAGUCUGGAGUCGCUGCCACCUGCUUGCCCUGGGGACGAGAGUCUGAGCAUGCUGCAGCUGCUCUACCUGACGAGCAAUCUCCUCACAGACCAGUGCAUACCCGUCCUGGUGGGGCACCCGCACCUGCGCAUCCUGCACCUUGCCAACAACCAGCUACAGACCUUUCCCGCCAGCAAACUAAAUAAAUUGGAGCAAUUGGAAGAGCUAAACCUAAGUGGCAACAAGCUUAAAACCAUCCCUACAACCAUAGCAAACUGCAAACGGCUACACACCCUCGUCGCACACUCCAACAACAUCAGCAUUUUCCCAGAAAUCCUGCAGCUGCCUCAGAUCCAGUUUGUAGAUCUAAGUUGCAAUGACUUGACAGAAAUUCUGAUUCCUGAAGCUCUGCCUGCGACAUUACAAGACCUUGACCUGACUGGAAAUACAAAUUUGGUUCUGGAACACAAAACACUGGACAUAUUUAGCCAUAUCACAACACUGAAAAUUGAUCAGAAACCUUUGCCAACUACAGAUUCUACAGUUUCAUCCACCUUCUGGAGCCAUGGACUGGCCGAGAUGGCAGGACAGAGAAAUAAGCUAUGUGUAUCUGCCCUAGCUAUGGAUAACUUUGCUGAGGGCGUGGGAGCCGUGUAUGGCAUGUUCGAUGGGGACCGAAACGAGGAGCUCCCACGCCUGCUCCAGUGUACGAUGGCAGACGUGCUUCUGGAAGAGGUCCAGCAGUCAACAAAUGAUACAGUUUUCAUGGCCCACACCUUCUUGGUAUCUCACAGGAAAUUAGGGAUGGCUGGCCAGAAGCUGGGCUCCUCUGCUCUCCUGUGCUACAUCCGCCCUGACACUGCCGACCCAACAAGUAGCUUUAGCUUGACUGUGGCCAACGUUGGCACGUGCCAGGCAGUCCUGUGCCGAAGUGGGAAGCCAGUGCCCCUCUCCAAAGUCUUCAGCCUGGAACAGGACCCAGAGGAAGCCCGAAGGGUGAAAGACCAAAAAGCCAUCAUAACAGAGGACAACAAAGUAAAUGGGGUAACCUGUUGUACCCGGAUGCUGGGCUGUACAUACCUCUACCCGUGGAUCCUUCCCAAGCCCCACAUAUCUUCCAUUCCCCUCACCAUUCAAGAUGAGUUGCUGAUUCUGGGAAACAGAGCCCUGUGGGAACACUUGUCAUAUACAGAAGCUGUCAGCGCAGUGCGUCAUGUCCAAGACCCAUUAGCCGCUGCCAAGAAGCUCUGCACGUUAGCACAGAGCUAUGGUUGUCAGGACAACGUGGGGGCAAUGGUGGUUUAUUUGAACAUCGGUGAGGAAGGCUGCACUUGCGAGAUCAAUGGGCUCACCCUCCCAGGGCCUGUGGGAUUUGCGUCAACCACCACCAUCAAGGAUGCCCCCAAGCCAACCACUCCCUCCUCCAGCAGUGGGAUUGCCUCUGAGUUCAGCAGUGAGAUGUCCACAUCGGAAGUGAGCAGUGAAGUGGGGUCCACUGCUUCUGAUGAGCAUAACACUGGCGGCCUGGAGGCCGGUUUGCUUCCAAGGCCAGAGAGACGCUGCAGCCUCCAUCCCACACCCACCUCUGGGGUCUUUCAGCGCCAGCCUUCCUGUGCCACCUUCUCCAGCAAUCAGUCUGACAAUGGUCUGGAUAGCGACGAUGACCAGCCUGUUGAAGGGGUCAUAACCAAUGGCAGCAAGGUGGAAGUAGAAGUCGACAUCCACUGCUGCAGAGGACGUGAUCUGGAGAACCCCCCAACUCCCACAAAGAGCACUCCUGCCCCUGGUCCCGAGGAACAUGCCCGAGGGUCAUGUUUUGGGAUCCGAAGACAGAACAGUGUGAACAGUGGCAUACUUCUGCCUAUGAGCAAGGACAGGAUGGAGCUACAGAAGUCUCCCUCCACUUCCUGUCUCUAUGGAAAGAAACUCUCCAAUGGCUCGAUAGUGCCCCUGGAAGACAGCCUGAACCUCAUCGAAGUGGCCACAGAAGCACCCAAGAAGAAAACCGGCUAUUUUGCUGCCCCCACUCAGCUAGAACCGGAGGAUCAGUUUGUUGUACCUCGUGACCUGGAAGAUGUGGUGAAGGAACAAAUGAAACAGCACCAGGAAAGCAGGCCAGAGCCCGAGCCCAGUGAAGAGGAUCGGACCGAGCCCCCGGAGGAGUUUGACACAGCGCUGUGAUUCUGUCCCAGUGGGCGCCUUGUGAGCGAAGGCUUGUGGUGUUGGGGCAGGGACCCUCCGGGGCGUUUCUAAGCCGUAGAUGUGUGGGGUGAAACUCAGAGCCAGGAGAGGUGAGCGCUAUCAGGGUCUGGCUCUGGAUGAGCUAGUAGCCACCAUCAGUGUUAAGUUCGCAUUUAACCUGCAUUGGAAUUCCCAGCAUUCCUGGGAAGAGAGCAGAUGUUCUAUCAGUCCUGCCACCUGCCAUUAACCCUUUCUCUCCUAGGAUCACUUUGAGAAUUUGCCUGCCUGGGCAGGAAAGGGACUAUUUCUGUGGAGGAAAUACCUGAAGAUUGAUUCCCUUUACUAAUUGCUGCUGAUGGAUCUCUGUGACAGAGAAAUCACCUUAUCUCUCAGACUAAUGGGGCGUGAUGUGACUAGUCACAUGGCUUUUCAUUCUUCUCUACGAGAAUACAGCCUAUCAAAUGAUGUUUAUUGGAAAUGUAGAACCAAUCAAACAGAUAAUUUAUGUAUGUAAUGUAAUGAGAGCACUUUUCAUUGACUGUGAACUUUUUAUUUUUGAAUCUGCACUCGAGCCAAUCUUCUCUGAGGCAGCCUAGCACCUCUGUCCAUAGGCAGAAAGCUGUUCAGGUGUUGGAGCCUUCUCUGAGGGAACCAGGAAAAGCCCUGGGAAAUCGAUCUCACUGGUGGAUGCCAGAUCGUGAAAGCUCCUGAUGCACUUGGGGUAGUAGGGUCUUCUUUUGAGGAUGAAGAUGGGGAGGGAGCAAGGACCAAGACUAGCCCCCCCUAAAAGCAGAAAGAAUGAAUUAUUCCUUGAUGACUGUGACACCUGCUAGGAAUUGCCCAGAGAUCUCAAGGGAAGAAUUUGGGGACUGGCCUCUUUCCCCAGUGAGUGGUGUUGGCCAUCAGCUUCCUAUUAGAUAGGGCCAAGGCUGGUACUACUCGCAUCCCAGUAACCUUGAGUUACAGUGGGUGACUCUGGAAAAGACCAAGGCCGAUGGGAACAGAUGGGUGGAUGGAGCUCUUGGGGCAGGCAUGUUCCUUCUCUUACUCUAGAGCAGAGGGAUGGAUUUCUAGAAUGCUGGGAGGGAAUUGAGACCUCCCCUUUGAAUAUUUAACAGUGUGCUCUUCUGAAAACCACUUGUCACCUCACGUGGUUUCAGAGUACUGGGCUCAAUACUAGUGUAAGAGUUUGAACUGAGAAAUUCCCAAGCUUACAGAAAGCCUUGGUGUGUUUUUGUUUUUGUUUUUUUCACAUUCCAUGCAACCCUAGCAAAACAUAGUUCCUUCCGUAUUUCUGUCGCUUAUUCUAUUAGAAGAUAUACUUGGAAAAUUAAUUCUUAUUUAUUCCAACAAAAUUUUGGCAUCAUUAGAUUUUACUCAGUAGGAAAUGUGCUUUGAAUUUUUGGAACACUUACAGAGUUAAAAAGAAAAUAAAGUGGAAUCAUUUUUAAUUUGUUUCAUCAAAAAGAAAAUGUUAAAGAUAGGGUUGAAUAUAUCAAUAAAUAUUUGUGUGUGUGUAUUUUAGAAGUUUUUGUUCAAAGCAAUAGUCAAAAACCAGAUGACCUAUCCACGAUGGUUAGGUUAGGUAUCUUCAUCUAUCUUCUCAGAGGCCUGGUGCCCGUGCAUGUGUCAGAUGGGCACACCCUUGGAGGACUCUGUACCACUCCGACGGCUGUUUAAUCCCUCAAGAAUCUGAACUUGAGUCCCCAAAUUGUCGGUAAUACUUGACCUCCCUUGUCACACUACUGCUCAGCUACUGCAAAACUUCAGAACUCAGGUCUUUGAUUUGAAGUAGGGAACACGGUGGCUCAUACAAAGUUUAGGUGCUCUUAGAAAGAUGGGAACAAUAGUGCGUUGCCACCUUAUUUUUAUAUGGGACAAUGAAGAAAAAAUGAAAAAUCAGGAAAAACCCAAGAUGAUAGAUCAUGAUGGCUGAUGUAAAACAUUUUCCCACUCAGACAGCAGAACCUUUGGGUUAUAGAAUAGUGAUAUUGUCUAAAAAUGAAAGAUUUGGGGAAUAUACCACUUUAAUAGCAGAAUUUCCUAAAAAUUCCUUAUCUGUGAACCCUUUUCUUGACUUCUAUUUGUGUCUUACUCUACUUAUUGCAACCACCUCAAAACUCAGUUCUUAAAUGACUUCACCGAAGGUGAAUGUAGAGCAGAAUUCUGAAAUCUCAAAUGUUCUUUUAUGUGGUAGAGUUGUUUUUAGGAACACCAUUAGGUGUAUGGAAAACCUUUAAUACAGACUAUAACCAAAACUGAUUAUUCUUUUCUUUACAGUCUCUUAAUUCAUGUCCUUCUCCAGUUUCUCUGUACUGAAACAGAGGGUAAAAAGGCCAUAGUCUCUUACCAAAAAUACGAUACAGAACUCCUUUGACCCGUGAGGUAAUUUACAGACAUUGUAUUAGCCAGACAGGCUGUCAGUUGGUGAAAGCCAGUCAUCUGUGUCCAGGUGAAUGCAGUCUUCUUCCCAGUACUUGACCCAAGGAUGGGUCCCGCAGGUGGGCAGAGUACUGCGAUCUCCAGCUCGGAGAUUCUGGCCUUUGUGUGAUUCUCAGGUCACUGUGUGUACCUCCCAUUUGAGAAAAGUUUCAGAGAAUUUCUGAAAGAAGAACACUCCUGAUUACUCCAGUUCAGGAGUCCCAUGGAAGGAAGAAAAAUCCAUGUGUCUUGGUAGCCAUGGUAUUAUUUUUAUCCAAAUAGACUGGAAAUGUAUUUGAACGUUUGAAUGUUGGUAUGACCUAAAGCUGCAGUGAUACGGUAGAGUCCAGUCAUUGAAUGAGCACUCCUGAUCAUGCGAGGGCUUUAUUCCACUACUGUAGAGUGUAUGUGUGCAAUAAGGUGGUGAGUUCACUUUCCUGGUAUACAGGGGAGCCAAAAGGAGCAGCUCGGUAAUCCCUGGGUGCUAUUCCAGUUGCUUGCAGCGAGUACUAUUUACCGGGAGGUGAACCCAGUUAGGUCUGGCCGAUCUACUGAAUAUCAAAUGAUGAGCUUCUUUCUGUGUAGACCUUCAGCAAAAGCAGGUACUUGGAAGCCACAGGCUCACCUUCUCUAUCUAUCCAAUAAUUACUAAUGACGAGACCUCCUUAAGGGAGCUCUUGGCUAUAAUCGGUAAAUGUACCAAUUACUAAAUAAUUAGUCUCCAAGCCAUUCGGUGAUGUCUGCAGCAUCACCGUAGAACUGUCUUGUCACUUUUUACCUCCCUCUGGGUGGAGCCCUUCAGACUCCCCAAUCAUGGAGGCAAGUCAGUCUUUCUCUCCAGUAAGUGACUUUUGCCCCGUCGUUGGGCAGGCACUUCCUUGACUGAGAAAAGCAGCUACAGUAAACCCUGCUGUUUCCCUCCUCUGGUGAUCAAUCACACAUAAGCUCCCUGUAUUCUCAACUCCAUGCACUUCUCCCGAUGCUGUAGGGUUUCUCUCACUGUUGCCAAUGGGUGUCAUCCAGACAGUGGGCUCAUAUCUUAUGGUUUUGUGCAAUCAUUGUCGUAUUGUAGUCCUAAGACUCAUUAUAGUGUAUUUUUGAUAUUUUUGAAAUGUGUUAAAUUUUUUAAUUCAAUAAUAUGAGCCAGAGCAUGUUGCAGCAAAUCUAUUAUUUGUAAAAAAUAACAAUACCAAUAAUAAAUGAAUA